UGAAUGGCCAAUGAUCGACGAUGUUACUGAGCGACAACCAACCAACAACCAAUGGUAGGCUUGAAUGUUCCCGAGCUCUUCGSGGCGAGACAUUUCGGUAUCAAGCGGCAAAGAAUAGUCCCUAUCUGAUGGCGGUUGCCUCAGCAGCAGUGAUGGACAGCAUUGUAAUCCUUGAUGAUGAUGAUGAUGAGGAAGAGGAGAGGCCUCAACCCUCUUCCUCCACCUCCUCUAAACCCUCAGCCAAUCAUCGUACUCCCCCCAAAAUCCAACAGCCCGCUCCUACUCACAUCACCCAAUCUCCUUUUGCCACAGUGAAGAAAGAAAGCCAUGUUCUUAAAGCAGAGAACCAGAAGCUAUUUACUGAGUUUGUAGAGUACUGCUCGGCCCACACACAGGACUGCCCCGAAGUCAUGACCUUCCUGCACGCCAAGCACUCCAAGGCCUCGCCGAGCUUCCUGGCCUCGGUGGAGUUCCGCAACACGCUGGGCCGCUGCCUGACGCGCGCCCAGGCCCGCCGCACCAAGACCUUUGUCUACAUCAACGAGCUGUGCACCGUCCUCAAACAGCACUCGGACAAGAGGAGGCAGACUGUCGUGAAGGUGGAGCCUACCGCCGCGGAGAAGAAGGAGAUGAAAGAGGAGAGGGAAGAGGAGGCACAGACAGAGGAGCUACCGUCUACCUCGGGGCAGCAGGAAGAGGAGGAGAAGAAGACGAAGAAGGCUUCCCGGAGACAGAUUGCGUACCUGGAGAACCUACUAAAGAUGUACAAUGAUGAGAUCCGGCGGCUGCAGGAGAGGGAGCUGAGUGUCAACGAGCUAGAAGAGGAGGACUCCAGCUACAUCCAGGAGCACAAGCUCAAACGCAAGAUGAUGAAGAUCUAUGAUAAGCUCUGUGAGCUGAAGGGCUGCAGCAGUCUGACAGGCAGAGUGAUCGAGCAGAGGAUCCAAUACAAAGGGACACGCUACCCUGAGGUCAACAGAAAGAUUGAGCGUUUCAUCAACAGUCCCGAGGCCCAGCUGAAUCCCCCCGACUACACAGACAUCCUGCAACAUAUCCGCCGGGCCAACGAGCGCCACGGCCUCAACCUCAGCAAGAAGCAGCUGACCCAGAUCGCCCAGGACGCCUUCCGCGAGACCGGCAACCGCCUGCAGGAGAGGCGCCACCUCGACAUGGUCUACAACUUCGGCUCGCACCUCACAGACCUCUACAAGCCCGCCACUGACCCUGCCCUGUUGGAUCCCACGUUGGCCCGUAAGCUGCGCUCUAACCGGGAGGUGGCUCUCUCCAGCCUGGAGCAGGUCAUCUCCAAAUACGCCCUGAAGCAGGACGACACCGAGGAGGAGGAGAGGGCUAAACGGAUAGAGAGGGAGAGGCAGAAGAAAGAGGGUCAGUCAUCGGCGCUGGAGGCCACCACAGCCGAUGACAAUCCCCUGAAGAAGGGAGAGGAUGGUGAGGGUGAGGAGCAAGCUGAGGAGGAGGAGGAUGAUGAAGACGACGAGUCGUCUGAUCCAGACAUCGAGGAGGAGAUCCAGGCCAGCAAAUCACAAGCAGGGCCAGAGGAUGAUGAGGAGGACAACGAGGUAGAGGCAGCAAACGAGAGUGAGAACGAGGUGGAUGGUGGGAGUGACGGAAACCAGGAUGGAGGAGAGGAGGAAGAGAACGCUGAYGUGGACAAAGACUCCGUGAUAAGUGGAAUCAGCCCCAUUUCCCGGGGUGACAUCCCACAGAURUCCUCCUUAGUCGACGAAUCCCCCACAGACAGCCCCAGCCAAUCAGAGGCGAUGGAGGUAGACAAGGGGAACGAAUCAUCCAAUACCAACCUGACAAAUGAGGACAUUGUUUCCUCCAAUCACAUUUCAGCUGUGUCCAUAAGCACUAGUGUGGAAACGAAGGACUCCUCAGCUUCCCCCAUGGCGGCGAAUCAGGUCUCUUUGCCACCAUCACCGGUGCUGAUUUCGACCAAUGAGGACUCCUGCACGGUCAUCACUGAGACGAGGUCAGCGAAUUGCAGCCCCAGGCCACCCAGUCCCAGAGACACCUCCAGAGGCAGGAAGAGAAAGAGGAAAGAAGAGGUGAAAUCCAGGAAGUCUUACAACGGGGUUCUAAGGCACCACAAUGGGAGUGACCGUGACCUCCCUCUGGACAUGGACGUGGUGACCAGUAGCCCCCUGCAGGCGGACUCCACCAGYGCAGACACUCCCACCCAGGAGAUGGUCACCAGCUCCCAGUCCACCCCGCCUCCCAAGAAAAACAAGGUCAACGUGGCAACUCAAUGUGACCCYGACGAAGUGAUCGUCCUAUCGGACUCGGAAUGACCUUUUCCCCAACCCUACUGGGUGUUCAGGCUUCCCAUUGCUAGCCUGGAACCAGGUCUGUUUAUGCUGCACAAACAGAUCUGGGACCAGGCCAUCCCAUUACUGCCUCUUGACUUCCAAACCAGUGCCUGCUAAUGUGAACUCUUGAAAAUGCACACAUUUUCAGACGGGAGAGAGCAAACUUUUCAUUACAAAUUGAAACUGGCAAUGGACGUGGUAGUUUACCACCAGUGUUUACAUUUUGUAUUUAUAUGCCAAUUUUUGCCCAGCGUCUGGAUUGUGUGAGGAGGGAGCAGUAUCACGUCAGGUUAUUUUUGUAUUUUAGCUGUAAAAAUAUUGUUUGUCAAUCGUUUUAGGUGGGUGAAUGAAUGGGUGUCUGUGUUUGUAUUCUAGAAUGCCGGCAAUAGAAGAUYAACCAGCGGAACACCGGAGUACUGUAUCUUAGAUUUUAUACAGAGCCAAUACACAACCUACACGUCCAACUGUCAGUGUAAUCAUGGAUCAUUUGCUGUGUGGUUGCUGUGUCCACAUAGUGCAACUUAKUGGCCUGAACAACGCUAUUUCUACCAAGUAGUUACAAGAGCAACUAAGUGGCAGAUUGGCCGAUUGUGUUCAAGAUGCCAAAUGAACACAAUUGAGCAGAUGCAUUGACGUAAACGGCCAGGUACAGCUUUGCGUUAACGUGAAAUGUAGUGCAGUGUCCUACUUUAUGCAGGCAUAACCCCCCUGAAGAAAUGUUCACAUUGACUUUGCAGAAAUAGCUGGGUUCAUGCUGAUGGGUGUUGUAGGGGAAGUCCAUCUCGGCAUGUAGUAAGCAGGUAGGUGUUUAGGUUGAUUUGCAUCAAAGGAACGUUCAUAACGCCUCUUGCUUGAGACUGCAAACGGUGGUAAUGAUUUAAUCAGACUCAUUCAUUUUCAAUCCUCCCUAAGACACUUUGAUUGGAUUCUGUUGUUUUGACCAAUUCAAGGUUACGGGGAAGGUCACUUAAUUGUUAUCUAAUUUUCCUUUUAGUACACUGAGAAGCAAAGAUCACAUUUCCUUUUAAAUAAACUUUGAUAAUAAAUGAAA